AUGCAGACUGCUUCCACAAACAUUUGUGAAAGAAUGGGUCACUCUCAGGAGGUUGGUGAAUUCAAGCAUUGCACCGUGAUAGGUUGCCACCUGUGCAAUAAGUCCAUCCUUGAAAUUUCCUUGCUACUAAAUAUUCCACGGUCAACUGUUAGUGGUAUUAUAACAAAGUGGAAGCAACUGGGAACAACAGCAAUUCAGCCAUGAAAGCCAGGUCAGUGCAUGUUGAAGCAUACAGUGUGCAGAAGUCACCAACUGUCUGCAGAGACAAUAGCUUAAGACCUCCAAACUUUGUGUGGUCUUCAGAUUAGCACAACAACAGUGCAUAGAGAGCUGCAUGGAAUGGGUUUCCAUGGC